AUGUUUAGAAAGUUUACACGAGAAGACUUUGGACCUUUAAAACAAGUUAAAGCAUCACAAACAAAACACAUUAAACAAAGUAUUUCUACUCAAUAUCCAGGACUUCCUGUUGAUGAGUUAUUCCCAAAAAACAUUCCAAUGUUUACAGCUAAUUCAAAAAUUGAUCACUCAACAGCAAUUUUAUCAAAUAAUAAAGUUUAUUUCUUCCAACAAAAAGAAAAUUUUAAUCCAACACUUCAACUUGCUAUGACAUAUCCUGAAAUGAUGAAACAAGUUCAAGUUGAUAAAGGAGCAAUUAAACAUGUCUUAAGUGGAAGUAAUAUCAUGGCUCCAGGAUUAACUUCUGCUGGAGGAAAGUUACCAGAUGAUAUUGUUGCAGGUAAUUAUGUAUUAAUUAUGGGAGAAGGAGUUCAAUCUCCUCUUGCCAUUGGAUUAAUGAAAGCAUCUGCUGUUGAUAUCAAAAAACAAAAUUCAGGAGUUGUUAUUGAUUUAAUUCAGUAUGCAGGUGAUGGAAUAUGGACUGAUUGUCUUGAACAUUAA